GAAAUAAUCAAGGGUCGUUGUUAACAUUGGCGGCAAUUCCUGUCGCGCCUUCUUAAAUAAAAAUUCGUGCCCUAAUUUCUCUUUCUAGAGAGUAUACUUCGCAACAAAAAUGACGAAGAAAAUUUGCUCUCUCUAAAACGAGAGCUAUUGAGGCUUUCAAUGGGGAGAAGAAAAGCACGGUCUUUGCACCACUCAUGCCCUAAUUCUCUCUCUAGAUGAACAACUUCUUUCCCAGGGGAAGAAGAAGAUAAUGGGUUUAGAGUUGGAGGUGGUGCCAAAUUUUAACUCAGAAGAUGUAUUGUUGUCGUAUCCUAGAGGGGGGCCAAUAUUCAUUGCUGGUUUUGUUGGCCCUCUCACUAGUGUGCCUGUAUUUGAGCUCUCUGUAACUGAGGAUUUUGAUGCCUUGCAGGCAGAAUUAUGUUCAGAUAUAAGUCAGUCAUACGAUGAUGAGCUUUUGAUCGAUGAACUAAAAGUUUUCACUGAUGAAGAAUUGGCUGAAAGAGCACUAAAAGAAGCAUUUAAGGAUCAUGUGCAGUCUCAGAAUACAUCGGAGCUUUCAGAAGGGAAAGCACAUGAUAUGCUGGAAAAUGGUCACAGGAAUUCAAACAAUGAGUCAACUUGUGCUGAAAGUUCGGGACAAGAAAAUAUUGAUCGUGAAGCUUCUGAGUCUUCCAAUGAUGGUGCUUCUGCACUGGUGGUUUAUCAGGCUCCAAAAAAGAAGAAAAGGGGGAGACGCUUUGACAGAUAUGCCCGUGAUGCUCUGUUAAGUAGUGAUGUCAUUGCAAAAGUAGAAGAACUAGCAAAGAUAAAGCAGAAACAAGAGGAAGACAAAGCAGCGGUGAAACUGCAUGCUCUCAAAACUCAAGCUAAGGAAGGAGCAAUGCCACCCUCAGAUAAUGUUGAACGCAUGAGGUCUCUUAGGUUUAUCACCUCAGGGAAGAAGGUGAAGGCAUUGAGUUCCCUUGCUUUUGUACCAGUCCGUCACCCAGAAGUGGUUCUCUGUGUUGAGAUAUACCAUUGUAUACGGAAGAAACUGAAGACUCAUGAAUACCUGGUCUUGGGAAGGCAACGCGUCACUGAGCUGCGGGAUAAAAUCCACUGUUUCAUGGAUGAGUUGAUGUGUAAAGAGGAAUUACAUGAUCCCUCUGGAUAUUUUCUCAUUGAGGAUGUUUUCUGCAAAGAUAUGAGGGAUCCAUCAGCUAUAGAUUACAGUGAACCUAUAUUUGAUUGGAUGAGGAAUAAUAAAGAUGAUGCAUUACAAAAGUGGAGCUCUAUUCUCUCCAAAGGAUUGAAGAAGUUUAAAGCAUUUCUUCCAGACUCCACUCUAGCCACAAGUUUGCCAUCUUUCAAAGCUGUUGACAUGCAUAAUACGCUCUUCUGUGACUUGAAAUUUCGGUUGGGGGCAGGAUAUUUGUAUUGCCACCAAGGGGAUUGCAAGCAUACUAUGGUGAUAAGGGACAUGAGAUUGUUUCAUCCGGAGGAUGUGCAGAACAAGGCAGCAUACCCGCUCCUCGUAUUUGAGCACCAAACAUUUGAUCACAAAUGCUCCAUUUGUGGCAUCUUUCGAGCGGUGAAGGUUACAUAUGAUGACAAGUGGGCCCCGACGAAUCCUUCAUAUUUCUGCGAGAAUUGCUACUACCUACUCCACUACUCAAAGGAUGGGUCUCUAUUGUAUAAUGAUUUUACUGUUUAUGAUUGCAGCUAUUGUUGAAUAUGGAGAGAGAGAGAGAGAGAGAGAGAGAGAGAGAGAGAGAAGGGGGAGGAUUUAUACUCCCAGCAUGUAGUGAAGAAAAUGGUUUCAGUGUGUUCUAUGCUGUAAUAAUCGUUUGUUUAUUAAAAAUUGAAGUGAGAAUAAUAAUUUUGAUUUUCCUUGAGGA